UCUAUGUAAAAUCUUUUUGUGUUUCUCUUCCAUCUUUAGCACAAUACAAUGUAUAAUUCCCAUUCUCAAAAAGCUGAACCAUUCUUCUUCUCUACACAAAAACCCCUUUAUUACCCAAAUGAACCAAAUCAUAAUUUCUCCAUUGACAACACUAAUUAUUCCCUCGACCCAUUUUGGGAUAACUACUCUGUUUCUGCCCAUGAAAAUGAAAAUGAAAAAUCCCCUGUUCUUGAAGGAAUUGCUGCUGUUGUUGGAGAACAUGUUCUUUUCGGUUACAAUAACAAUGAAAACAAGAAUGAUGAUCCAAAUUCUGCAGUUUCUCUUCUGAAACGCACGUGUCCUGCAGAAAAGAGGAAUAAUGUUCCAUCAGUGGAGAAGAGUUACAGAGGAGUGAGAAAGAGGCCAUGGGGGAGAUGGUCAGCGGAGAUUCGCGACCGUAUAGGGCGGUGCAGACACUGGCUGGGUACAUUCGACACGCCGGAGGAGGCGGCGCGUGCGUACGACGCGGCGGCGAGGUGGUUGAGAGGUUCAAAAGCUCGAACAAAUUUCCAAAUUCCACCGAUUGUUCCUCUGCCUACUUCACCAACAUCCACGUCAUCAUCUUCAAAUUCGUGUCGUGAAAUGAAAAUGAAAAAAAAGAAGAAAAAUGGUGGCGCUAUUGCUACUAAUCAAAGAAAAUGCUCAGUGGUAACUUCAACUGCGCAUUUAUUUAGCUCUAAUGAAUUUAACAAAAAGUUAGUGUUACUGUGGAGCUUGAUCUCAAGCUCGGAUUCGGGAGGAAGUAGACUCAACUGCUAUAACGAAACAAACUUGUUCCUAUUAUUAAUGUUUAGUUUUGUAUCGUAUCGUAUGUGUUUUAGCAUAAACUAUCAUAGUGUGUAAAUUAAACUAUGUGGUUCUAGUACUUCAUGCAAUACGAUAAGAAAUGCAUGUUAUGAUU